GGAGGUGAGAAAAGUUUAGAAUAAAAACAUGGCGGUCAAGGAAGACACAAAUAUUUUAGUACAAGAAUUCGAAAAAUGGCAAGAAGCAACAAACAGUGAGACUAUAUUCCUGCUGGAGUCUAGUGUCCAGGAUGAUGGAGGUGGGUUGCUACACAUGUUGCUUGGUAGCGAGCAUGAGUUUAAGCUGUUAUGUCCUCCAGGGUACCCUAGCCACGACGAACAUUUUUAUAUUGAGGUUGACACACCACCUAUCACACUGUGGGGCAAUGCACUGAAUGAAUACCUUCUAGAUGCUCCAGAUAGACUCCUGCUUCAGGAUGUAUUAAACAAGGCAUCUUCAUUGUAUAUCAACGACAGCCAUCAGAAUAAUACUGGACAAUCUGAGGAUGAGAUGAGUGUUGAUGACGAUGAUGAUGAAGAUGAUAAUGAAGAGAUGAUAUCAGAUGAUGACAGUGCAUUCACAACAGAAUGGGAGCUUCAGGUUGCCAGGAAAAAGAAACGUUGGGCCCAAAAAGAGGCCGAAGUACGGGAGGAAAUGAAGAGAGCCAAACUCGUCCCUGGCUCAUCAGACUAUGGUGCCAUUCAAGCCUCAGGACAUGAGAAAGAACAGGCUGGUCAGAUUUUCACAACAAACGCUGCAUCAGGAAUUCUCACAAACGACCUGGUCAAAAUUAUGGAAGUUGAAGAGAGUGUUGGCUUCACUGCAGACCCCAUAGAUGAUAACAUAUAUAAAUGGAGUGUAAAGCUGUACAACUUUGCUGAAACAUGCGAUCUGGGGAAAGACCUUGCAGAAGUUAAUAAGUUGUUUGGUUAUAACAACAUAGAACUUGAGAUGGAUUUUGCUAUAGAUCUCUACCCCUUCUAUCCACCGUUAGUGAAAGUCAUCCGCCCACGUUUACAAGGUUCUAUGAUGCAGAGGGUUACCAAUAUGGAGAUGUUGAAACUAUCUUACUGGAAUCCAGCCAAGGACAUGAAGGGAGUUCUCUCAGAUAUAAAGAAUUUCCUACAACAAUGGGCCAGGUUAGAAGUAAACAGCGAACGGAAUGAUCCGAAGAGAUUUCCAACAGGGUCUUAUGUGGAGAUUGAGCACCACUUACUGCGGCUGGCCUUGGUAAGUGAAGUAAACCCAAGAGCUAACAUAAAGUACCACAUUGAUGUUGAGAAGCCCCCAGAGCUGAGGCCUGCUAGACAUGAAAAUGCAUCCAUGCAUGAUGAUGAGAAAUCUUACACUCAGAAUGAAGACUCAGUUACAAAUCCAAAGGAUUUAAAGAGGAGGAAAGAUGAGCCUGAGUACUGGGCCAAGGGAGUUGGCUAUGGGCAUAGCAGAAGGCCCGAGUGGGAUGUAAAGGCAUAUCUUGCUGCACAGAGAGAGAAAGAUAAACAGGUAGAAGAUGUGUUACACAAGAUCCAACAAGAGCUUAAAGUGUUAUAUGCCAACCAUGCCCCACAGUUGAAGCCCAGGAAGCUUGCCUCUGCUGCAGCUAGUAGACCUGAGUGUGUUGACCCAGUUGAAGACAUGUAUAAUAUAUUAGAGGGUUCAGCCCUUGUCCCCUUCUUAGAGCAAUAUUUAAAAGCAGAUUCAUUUCUAGAGAUUUGCAGGCACACAGCUGUAUAUAAAGUCAUUGUUGAUAUCAUCAAAGAAGUUGCCAUGCAGCCCCAGUUAGUUCCACUAUUGUGCACCCUCCCUGAUCAGAAGGCAUCCCUUUACCAACUGCUAGAGACUAUAGAAUCACAGGCCUCUGGGCUGUUAGCGAGAAUAUGCAAAGCAGGUAACGGAAGUAUUCCAAAACCUCCAAAGCGCAAGGUAUCAGGCAAAAAAGAAGCAUCUCAAAAGGAACGUUCUGGAAGCCCUGAAGUGUCAACAUCAACAAAUAUGGCAGAAAUGCAUGAGAACUCUGCAGAAGAGAAACUAGCAAGAGAGUUUGUUAACCUGUUCCAAGAUGUCACUGGUGCCAUAAAGCGCAGUGGGAACAGCUUUAGUUCCAGUAGCAGUAGCAGUCAGAGCAGUGAUACAGACAUGUCCAGCACUCCCCUUCUUAAACACAACACUGCAGAUAAGUUAAGCGAAUUAGAAGCAAACUACAGAAUGGCUCUGAAAGAUCUGCUAUUUGACUCAGUUGAAAUAUCAACAGAAGGAUCUAAUGCUCAUCAUUAUCUGGGAGAUUUCAAGAAAAGCCCAACACCUAGUCAGUCUCAAGUGUUCCGUAUCGCACAGGAGAUAACGUCCCUGUCAACAUCAUUACCCAUAGAUCUCUCAUCAUCCAUAUUUGUACGCACAGAUGAUGACAAGCUCACACUCAUGAAGGCCAUGAUCACUGGGCCAGAAGGAACGCCAUACUCUGGGGGAUGUUUUACAUUUGACAUAUUCUUCCCCUUUGCAUAUCCCAAGGCACCUCCAUUAGUAAACUUACAGACUACUGGUGGUGGAACAGUGAGAUUUAAUCCUAACUUAUACAACUGUGGCAAAGUGUGUUUGUCACUUCUAGGGACUUGGGAGGGUCAACAGGGGGAGACCUGGAAUGAGAUCACCUCCACACUGUUACAGGUGCUAGUGUCCAUACAAUCAUUGAUUCUUGUGCCAGAGCCUUACUUUAAUGAACCUGGCUAUGAGCAGGAAAUAGGAACAGAUGCUGGCAAAAGACACAGUGCUGAAUACAAUGCAGAUGUGCGAACAAACACAAUAAAAUGGGGAAUGAUAAAUCAGUUGCAGAAUCCCAGCGAAGGUUUCUCCGAUGUCAUAAAAUCACAUUUUUACUUAAAAAAAGACAGAAUACUUGAGGAAGUGGAAGGCUGGGUACGAAGAAGUAAAAGCAGUAAAUUAGAAAGAGUUGUACAAAACUUAAAAACUGAACUCAAUAAACUACAACCCCCUCCUAAUCUUGCCAAUCUAUGUAGCUCGGCAGGGUUACCAAGGCAACAGAAAAUUAAGUGAAAUAUAGUAUAUUUUCUACAUGGGGAGAUAUAGCAGUUGUUGCCUGUAAUAAUAAGGUUCAUGAUACAUGGCUCUACUUUGGUUGGAAAGUUCUCAUAUUUCUGCUUUGAGUAGAAAAGUUGCAACUACACAAUAUAAAGGGAGCCCCUAGAUUUGAUCUACAGGGUGUCCCAAAAGCGAUCACUUCCCCCACAUUGGAUCAGGAUAUUGAUACUCCAAGCUGGACAUUGUUGUUAGGAUAUUCCAGGACACCUUGUGGCUAAAUGAUCUA